CGAACACUACUACAUUUGCACCUUCUCAGGCCACUGUAACGCGGGAAUGAAGCUGGCUAUCAAUGUUUCUGCCGCUCCUUCCACCUCUCCACCGCCUCAAUCCCCUGUUCCUGCACCCUCCCCCAGCUCUACAACCCCAAAAACUUACGUCGUUGGAGAUAGCUUGGGCUGGACUGUCCCUCCUGGUGGCUCCAUUGCCUACCGAACUUGGGCAGCCGGCAAGACUUUCAUGGUUGGCGACAUUCUAGUGUUCAACUUUACAACUGGAGCUCAUGAUGUUGCUGUGGUGACAUCAAAGGCAGCCUAUGAUUCCUGCAACACCUCUGCCACCGGAACCACAAUUAACACCGGUCCAGCCAGAAUUACCCUGACCACCGCAGGUGAACAUUUCUACAUAUGCACCAUCCCUCGACACUGCUCACUCGGCCAAAAGCUAGCCAUCAACGUCACCGGAACUGCUGCCACUCCAUCACCAACUCCAGCCCCCACCAGGCCUCCAUCCGGCCCUGCCUCUGCUCCUGCUCCUUCAUCGACCGGCGCAACUCCGCCUUCCAGCUCUUCCACCCCACCACCCUCUGGCUCUCCUAGCACGUCACCUUCUGGCUCUACCACUCCAUCUCCGUCUGGUUCUACCACUCCAUCUCCGUCUGGUUCUCCAGGUGGUGUCUCAGCUCCUCCUCCACCAAACUCUGCUCCAUCUUUUGCAGUAGCAGCGUUGCCAUUCACUUUCUUGUCGAUUGCCUUGGCUUUCUUGUAUUAGAUUUAGCUAGCGACCAUUGACGACUUUUAUUGUUUGCGAUUAUUUUAUUUUUGUUACCAUUUUCGCAUUACUGCUAUUGUUA